AUGAUGUGCAGUCUUCAGUUGCACGAGUUGCCAGAUGAGAUUGGUGAGAUUAAGUCAUUACAGAUCAUAUUUCUGAUCCUGCAAAACCUCAACGCGACGGGAAAUCAAAUCAAAGCGUUGCCUGCUCCGUUUGAGGCGCCAGAGCUGCAUUCAUUGUCCAUUGGAGGCAACGCUAUUGAGUCGUUUCCUUGUGACUUGUUGUCUACGUGCCCAAAGCUUCGUAGUUUAUCUACGGCUGGCAAUCCAAUUGGUCUCGGCCUCGCAGGCUCAUGUAGUUCACAAUGGCUUUGCAGCAGCGGCCCCCAAAUUUCGUCGUUGGAGUGGGCGUAUUUGCAGGGCUGUAGGUUGGAGCGUUUACCAGAGUCAUUUCUGCGGCCCUGUGUAAGAACGAUGAAGCACUUGCUUCUCAACGGUAAUCGGUUACACUCGCCUUUGCCGGAUGCUCUCAAGGAUAUGCACGCGCUCGAAAGCCUUUACCUAUGCGGAAAUAAUCUAAACACUCUCCCAGAAGGUCUUCUGAUGGCUUGUGCAACUCUUAGCCGAUGCUUGCUGGAGGAUAACCCGCUUUCAGUGGAGGCGUUGAGUACAAUUCGCAUGCGUGACGUACGGGCACGAGAGUCGGGAAGGCCUUUGAGGCUGCUGGGGCUGGAUGCUUCGCAGGUGCGUCGAUGGAGCAGCACAGGGGCGAUGAUGCCACCAUCUCUCGACCAUGCGCGCGCCGCUUCAGAUGACCAGCCCCCGCUCGGAUGCCGGCGCCAGGGAGGCAGUGGCUGUGAGCAGUCUUCUCCGCAGGCGGCUCUGCCGCCUUGUGUGCAGAGCGGGUGGUCGGUGAUGCCAGGCUCUCCGUGGUACGGCAAGCUCAUCCCUUCGUCCCAGCUCAGGCGCGCAGUUGGUGCUGCAACACUGGGCGAGCGUGCUGGCGAGGAGGAGCCGACCUGCGACGCUGGGAGCCGUGUCCUCAUGAUUGCCUUCGCUGCGUCGCAGGGUGAGCCUGAGUGGGCUGGUGAGCUUGGCAGGUUGCACGAGCAGCGCCAGUACGAAGCGGCUCUCAGGCAGUACGCGUUGCGUCCAACUCUGUCUGAGCACGUCGAGCAGAUGCGCCUAAUGUAUCCCCAGCUCCCGAAGACAGUCGGAGGUAACAUGGCGAGCCUCUGGGCAGGCCACAAGAAUUUACCGAUGGAGCUGUGUACAGAUGGCCAGCCACCGCCACUCGACAACCACGAUAACGAGUCAAAUCGCGAAGAUUUUGAUGUGCUUUUGCUCGUCGAUCCUCAUCGAAGUUGGUACACGGAGGAACCUGCCAGUUCAGCCAACGUCUCACGCAGCAGUUUUCGCGAGCAUUUAGAACGGAUCACUGCACCGUAUCGCCGCGUUUGCGCACUGGGCGCUUCCAUGGGUGGCUUCGCGUCGCUGAGCCAUGCCGACUUGUUCGAUGCCGUUCUCGCCUUCGGCCCGCAGAUCGAGCUCGAGCUGGCGCACCAUCGCCCCGGCUUUGAGGUCCAGGAUCUCGCGGCGAUGUCGGGGCGGAUGAGGCGAGCCGUUCGGAACCGCCGUGGCACAGUGGAGGCCCACACUUCGAUGGACAACCACCUGGCGCAGGCUCAGCUCUUCCACUCGGAGGGCAGCCUGGCCGGCCGGGCGGCGCGCGGCCGCCGGGGCGCCCUGCGUCUGGUCGUGCACCCGCUGCUGGGCCGCAUCGCGCGCCUGCUGGAGAAGCGCAGAGCUGCUGCUGCCGCUGCUCGCCAGCACGCUGAGCCGACUGCAGGGUGA